AACUGUUCAAAUACCAAAAUUCCUUUCAAAAUACCAAUGCAAACUUUCAAUCUCAUGACGAUCAAUUUGAGAACCUUGACAUGAGCACUAGAAACGCAGACAUUGACCCCCGUAACGAAUUGGCUGAAGUUGUUGAGGCCAACACGAAAACGCCACUUCGGUGCCGGUUUCCUGAUUGCCCAGAGGACCGCGAAUUUUUCACGGAGUCUGCUCUACGGAAACAUGAGGGCAAACACAAUAAGCCUUACACCUGCAAUGUGCUAGGCUGCAAGCACCCUCGAUUUGGCGACAAGGGUGGCCUCGACAGGCACAGGCGCGAAGUUCACGGAGACAAGACGCAUUGCUGCCCCAUCCCCUCAUGCAGACGUCACAUCAAAGGCUUCCCUCGCAAAUACAAUCUAUUCAAGCACCAGAAACUUUGGCAUCCCGGUCAAUCACCAAACUCUGCUCUUGCCGUAAUUCGAACAUCUGAAGCACGCAUUAACCUUGAGGGCGAAGGUAUGGAGGAGGUGCAAGUUCAGGACGAGGAAGCGUCUUCACCGGAGAUGACGAUCACUAGCGACUUGACCGUUACUGGCAAUGGAAAGGUCCAGGAGAAGUUGAGGGAACUUUUGGCGCUCCGAGCAGAGAUUGAUUUAGACAUCGAAGCUCUGAAGAGGGCUAUGAAUAUCUUGGAGGGCUCGUCACUUUGAGACGCGUUUCUUUUUGUCCACAAUUCCAUCGUUGUGUCUUCGUUGCUCUACUGGGCACUCCCAAAGGGACGCAGUUAUGUUCGCGCUUUGGUUCGUGUUUGCAUUUAAUGGUGGCGU